UGACAUAAGCAAUUAGUUUUACGAUUGCAGCGCUCGAAUAGACUAGAUGACAAUUUUUAAAUAGUUUCAUUCAAUAAGAAAAAGAAAGUCGCCACACAUGUUAUGUGCCACAUGUGGUUGUGAUAUUGAAAUUCAGGUUGCUGCGCUGUUGAAAAACCAUCAAUGAGUCAAGGUAAUCCAAAUCAAAAUUAUGGACCCAGAUGACGUUUUUAACGUAAAUUUUCAGGAUUAUUUUAUAUCAGAAGACUGGCAAAGUUUUCAAACGUUCGAUAAUGAAUUGAUAUGCAAAGCUGAAAGUUUAAGUACAAAAUGGACUUUGUUAUUCAAGUGCUACUCUUCAUCUGACGAAACGCGCAUUAUGAAAACCACUGGAAUUAAUAUGAAGCACAACCUUCAAUCCAACAAAGAAUCAAUUAGUGAAAAGCAUCAUUUGAUUUUAUUGGACAAAAGAUAUUUUCAGUUUGACUGUUCGUCCGAACCAGACUCUUCGUCUGAAACGUGCAAUCAACUUUCAACGAAGACGACUUUACAUAACAUCAAAUCAAACAAAAAAAAGAAAGAAACAAUAGCUUUGGCUGGAGGUCCACCCGAUGUAAAAGUGAAAAGCACACGACAUAUUCGCCGCAGCAUAGAUCUCACAAAAAAUACAAAUUCUUCACUACAAUUUAGACUGUAAACUAUAAAAUUCAAAAUUGAAAUAUAAAUUAUAAUAAAUAUAUAUAUAUGAAAUAGUAAAUAAAUAUUAUUAAUAAAUUUAAUUGUAAUAUAUUCCCAAGACUGUCGUAACAGCAGCGCGGUGAGCUUAUCGAUGCCGCUUCUGAAUCAUACGUGUUAUUCAUAACGAAAUUGUUAUACACAACCCAUAUUCACAUGCAACAAGGCAACAAUAAUUGACCGUGUCUCAAUCAGAAAUUUAAUUUACACGUUAUACAUGCCACAUUCGAUUCGUUCGUAUGUAAGAGUCGAUUGAGCCUGAUAUCAGUUAAAUUGUUUCAUUAGAAAACAACAACUAAAUACUUUUUGAUUGACAAAAUGUAUAAAUUUCAAAAAUUACAAUAAUUUAAAUGUAAAAAUAUUUUAACAACUAAAUUGAUUACCACAGUAUAGUAUACUAUUAGUUUGAAUAUAAUACAAAACUAUUUUUGAAGUGGUUAUAGCUAAAAACGAAAAAUUUGAGAAUUCAAAUAUUGUUUCUAAAAGAGUUUAAGAAUGAAGUAUAAAACAAAUUCAAAAUUCCAUUACUUUAAAUAGUUUUUUUUUUGAACGAAUAUAUGGUGUCAAACAGAAUAAUAAAUCGUACAAAAUUCGCAAGAUAUGUCGCUUUGGACGACGACUAGUACAACUGGGCUAGAAACAGCUCUCACUGCUGCAAUAGGUUCCACAUUACAACAGCAACAGCAACAACAACAAAAACAACAACAACAUCAACACACAAUAACAAACAAUCUAAAAGGUCAAUCACAAAUCUUGCACAUCGGGAAAAUCGGUGGCACAUCGACGGGAGCAUCGAAUCAGGGAGCUUCGGUAGCUAGCAAUCUUCACCACCUGAAUCACAACAGUUCAAGCAGUAGCAACAAUAUAAACAUUAAUCAUUUGCAAAAUCACCUUCAUCACCACAAUAAUAAUCCGCACAAUUACAAUAUUCAUCAACAGUCAAUUUUGGGUCGGGCUUCGAACAUUUAUAGCAAUCAUCCAAUACAAAAACGAACUUGUGCAAUGUCACAGUCUGGAGACGAUCUACAUUCACCCAGUUAUUUGUCAUGGAGAAAAUUGCAAUUAAGUCGGGCCAAAUUGAAAGCGUCCAGUAAAACUUCUGCCCUUUUAUCCGGCUUUGCCAUGGUUGCAAUGGUUGAGGUACAGAUCAACAAUGACACGCAUGUACCUCCUGGAAUGCUAGUAGCGUUUGCUAUAUGUACAACACUAUUGGUAGCUGUUCAUAUGUUGGCUCUGAUGAUUAGUACAUGUAUUUUACCAAAUAUUGAAGCUGUAUGUAAUUUGCAUAGUAUUUCGCUUGUACACGAAUCACCACACGAACGACUUCAUUGGUACAUCGAAACGGCUUGGGCUUUUUCUACACUACUAGGUCUCAUAUUGUUUUUGAUCGAAAUCGCCAUUUUAUGUUGGGUCAAGUUUUAUGAUUUAAGUAAAGAAGCUGCAUGGUCAGCAUGCAUCGUACUCCUACCAGUAUUGGUAGUUUUUUUAGCUUUUGCUAUACAUUUUUACCGUUCCCUUAUGACACACAAGUACGAAGUUACUGCUUCUGGCAUCAGAGAAUUGGAAAUACUCAAAGAGCAGUUGGAACGAGGGGAAAUGGAACAUGAUCAUCUUGAGCAUCAUCGAAACAAUGGCAUGCAUUUUCCGGUGAGGUUGUUUAGUCGAAAAAAUCGUCGAAACAAAAAAACCAAUGAAAAUAGAACAGCUCAAAAGAACCGUGUAUUAUGUAUGAUAUAUCGUGUCUGAUAAGAAAAUGUUUCAAUUUUUUGCACGUACAAUACCAAAUGAGGGGAAUUGUGAAAUUGUGUACAACUUUUGUUUACAUUUCAUUGAGAUGAAUUGAAUAUACAAUUUUUUACUAUAGCUAUAAAUACACAUUUUUUACUAUAAUAUAACUAAAAUGCAAUUAAAAAAUUGUAACAUUUUCCGUAUAAUUUAACAUUAAGAUAUGUAAUAUUCUGAGCCAUUCUGUGCCCAAUUCAGUGUAAAAUGGAGCGUAUAGAUUUUAUGCAAGUUUCCAAUAAAAAGAUACCAAUGGAAUGA